CAUGGGUAGAGGAUGCAGCAUGCUCGCUACCUAGUAGUGUGUGCUGCACACUACCGCCGGGCGCUGAGACCCCCUUCCUCCGAAUGUUUUGUGCCGACACUGCACACUCAACCCGUGCGUUAUCCUGUAGGCCUUGUCACGAAAAGUGAGCACUGUUGGAGCCAUAAUCCAGGACAGGAACGAACAUCAUUUCACCGCAAACCGACACAACCAGGUGCUCCUCGCAAGAUUUCUGACAGGGGUGAAAAGAAUUGUCAGAAGAGUUGUGUGAGUCGAGGACCACUUGUGGAGAGCUUCAGAAAGACCUGGAAUUAGCAGCUGUUUGUGAGUAAAGAAGAAAUGCUGCCUGAACAGCAGCAGUUGAAUCUGAGUGUUGACCAGAAGGCCAUUAAAGAGGAACCCUGGACAAGUCAAGAGGGAGAGCAGCUUCACCAGCUGGAGGAGGUUGAUGUCACCAAGUUACCUUUCACUGCUGUCAUUCUCAAGAGUGAAAAUGACGAAGAAAAACCACAGUCGUCACAGGUUUAUCAAAGCCAAAGUGAGGAGAGCACAGGCGAAGAGCCUGUAGCAACAAGCUCAACUGCACACAGAACACGGACAGCACAAGCUGAUGGAGAUGGCUUUGGACAACCAAGCAACAACUUAAGUCCAUCUAGUUGUUUACAGCUGAAUAAUGGCAGCAGUUUAGGCAAUUCUGAAUUAGAGAUUGGUGAUAAUUAUGGAAGUAAGGAGACCAGGGAACCUUGUUCAGGUAUGAGCUGCAUGAAAAAUGGUGAUACCCCUCUUUACAAUAACAAGUGCGUCAUUGCUAGGAGGUUUAAUUCUUCUGAAUGUGGAAAAGUAUUUUGUUAUAUAAACUUUUCAAAGCAACACAGGAGAAUUCAAACAAAUGAAAAACAUGCCUGCUGUCCUGAGUAUGAUCAAAGUUGGAGACAAAAGGGCAAUUUGAACACAAAGAUAAGUCAUACAAGAAUGAAAAAUUUUGGCUGUUCUCAAUGUGGUAAAAUAUUUGUAGCAAAAAGCAAUCUAAAGGUACAUAUGAGAAUUCAUACAGGGGAGAAACAAUUUAGUUGUUCUGAAUGUGGUAAAAGAUUUGUAACAAAAAGCAAUCUAAAGGUACAUAUGAGAAUUCAUACAGGGGAGAAAUCAUUUAGUUGUUCUGAUUGUGGUAAAAGAUUUGGAACCAGAAGCUAUCUCGUCAUACACAUGCGAAGUCAUACGGGAGAAAAACCAUUUGGCUGUUCGGAGUGUGAUAAAAUAUUUCAAGAUAAAAACAGUCUGAACAAACACAUGAGAAUUCAUACGGGAGAGAAACCAUUUGGCUGUUCAGAAUGCGGUAAAGCAUUUCGAGAUAGAAACAAUCUUAACAAUCACAUGAGGAUUCACACAGGAGAAAAACCAUUUUGCUGUUGUGAGUGUGGUAAAAAAUUGCGAGAAAAAACUCAUCUGAACAGGCAUAUGAGGAUUCAUACAGGUGAGAAGCUGUUUGGCUGUCCUGAGUGUGGUAAAAGAUUUUGGGAAAAAGCCGAUCUGAAUAGACACUUAAAAAUUCAUACAGGAGAGAAACGAUUUGUCUGUUCUCAGUGUGGUAAAAGAUUUGGAAGAAAAGGCGAUCUGAACGUACACAUGAGAAUUCAUGUUGGAGUACAACCCUUUUGUUGUUUCGCGUGUGAUAAAAGGUUUCGUCAAAAAUGCCAUCUUGAUAGACACAUGGCAAGUCAUAAAGGAGAGAAAUCAUUUUGCUGUUCUGAGUGUGGUAAAAGAUUUGGAGACAAAUGCAAUUUAAACAGACAUAUGAGAAUACAUACAGGAGAAAAACCCUUUGGCUGUUCUUUGUGUGGUAAAAGGUUUGGAGAUAAACGCGGUUUGAACAGACACAGAAUAAUGCACAAGGAAGACAAAAGCAUUUGCUUUUAAGACCAAAAAACCCAGCUCAGUCACUCAUGGCUAUUUGGGGGUGGCUAAGAAAGGUGACUUCUGCUUAUAACAGAAAGCAGUC